CAAAAAAAAAAAAAAAAAAAAGAGGAGGAGGGUGAGAGCGAAGCUCGGAGAGCAGAGAAAAAGGGGCCCACUGGUCGCCCCCCCGCCUCCCCGCACGCGCUCUCUAGCUGCGGCCGCCCGCCUGCCGCGGUCACCCCGGCCUCUCUCAGGGUUCCCCCGCGAUCGGAUCCAGGCGCUGCGCGAGGCCCUGCCGGGGCGGCCAUGCGGCGGUGACAGGAGCGCGGCCGAGACGCAGCGGCCCCUCGCCCCCUCGCCGCCCGCCAGCUCGCCACAGCCGAGGCUGCUCCCCGGCGGCCCUCACUCGCUUCCCUUCGCACCCCCGGCCCCGGCGCUGCCUGGAGGCGGCUGCACUCGGGGAUCAUGGCCCAAGUCGCGAUGUCCACGCUGCCCGUGGAAGACGAGGAGUCCUCGGAGAGCAGGAUGGUGGUGACGUUCCUGAUGUCAGCCCUGGAGUCCAUGUGUAAAGAGCUGGCCAAGUCCAAGGCAGAAGUGGCCUGCAUUGCAGUGUAUGAAACAGAUGUGUUCGUCGUCGGGACCGAGAGAGGGCGUGCUUUUGUCAAUACCAGGAAGGAUUUUCAGAAAGACUUUGUGAAAUACUGUGUUGAAGAAGAAGAAAAGGCUGCAGAGAUGCAUAAAAUGAAAUCUCCAGCCCAGGGCAAUCGGAUGAGUGUAGAUGCUGUGGAAAUCGAGACACUCAGAAAAACCGUGGAGGACUAUUUCUGCUUUUGCUACGGGAAAGCUCUAGGCAAGUCCACAGUGGUACCUGUUCCGUAUGAGAAGAUGCUGCGAGACCAGUCGGCUGUGGUGGUCCAGGGGCUUCCGGAAGGGGUCGCCUUUAAACACCCUGAGAAUUACGAUCUUGCAACCCUGAAGUGGAUUUUGGAGAACAAAGCAGGGAUUUCAUUUAUCAUCAAGAGGCCUUUCCUAGAGCCAAAGAAGCACCUAGGUGGUCGCGUGAUGGUGACAGAUCCUGACAGGUCGAUCUUGUCUCCAGGUGGAAGCUGUGGCCCCAUCAAAGUGAAGACCGAGCCCGCGGAGGACUCUGGCAUUUCCCUGGAAAUGGCAGCUGUGACAGUAAAGGAAGAAUCAGAAGACCCUGAUUACUAUCAGUAUAACAUUCAAGCAGGCCCUUCUGAAACUGAUGGUGUUGAUGAGAAACUCCCCCUUUCGAAGUCUUUGCAAGGAAGCCAUCAUUCUUCAGAGGGCAACGAAGGAACAGAAAUGGAAGUACCAGCAGAAGAUUCUACUCAACAUGUCCCUUCAGAAACAAGUGAGGACCCCGAAGUUGAGGUGACUAUUGAAGAUGACGAUUAUUCUCCACCCACCAAGAGACCGAAGAGCAGCGAGCCGCCCCAGCCGCCAGCCCCAGAGCCUGCCAACGCGGGGAAGCGGAAAGUGAGGGAGUUCAACUUCGAGAAAUGGAAUGCUCGAAUUACUGAUCUGCGUAAACAAGUCGAAGAGUUGUUUGAAAGAAAAUAUGCUCAAGCUAUAAAAGCCAAAGGCCCGGUGACGAUCCCAUACCCUCUUUUCCAGUCCCACGUUGAAGACCUUUAUGUAGAAGGGCUUCCUGAGGGGAUUCCUUUUCGAAGACCGUCUACAUACGGAAUCCCUCGCCUGGAGAGGAUACUGCUCGCGAAGGAAAGGAUUCGCUUUGUGAUCAAGAAACACGAACUUCUGAACUCCACACGAGAAGAUUUACAGCUUGAUAAACCAGCGUCAGGAGUGAAGGAGGAGUGGUAUGCCAGGAUCACCAAGUUAAGGAAGAUGGUGGACCAGCUCUUCUGCAAAAAAUUUGCGGAAGCCUUGGGCAGCAGUGAGGCCAAGGCUGUCCCGUACCAGAAGUUUGAGGCACACCCCAACGACCUGUACGUGGAAGGACUGCCCGAGAACAUUCCCUUCAGAAGCCCCUCCUGGUACGGAAUCCCGAGGCUGGAAAAGAUCAUCCAAGUGGGCAAUCGAAUCAAAUUUGUUAUCAAAAGGCCAGAGCUUCUGACUCACAGCACCACCGAAGUCACUCAGCCGAGGACGAAUACCCCAGUCAAGGAGGACUGGAACGUCAGAAUCACCAAGCUGCGCAAGCAAGUGGAAGAGAUCUUUAACCUGAAGUUUGCUCAAGCUCUUGGACUCACAGAGGCGGUGAAAGUCCCAUAUCCUGUGUUCGAAUCCAACCCUGAGUUCCUGUAUGUAGAAGGCUUGCCGGAAGGAAUUCCCUUUCGAAGCCCUACCUGGUUUGGAAUUCCGCGACUUGAAAGGAUUGUCCGUGGGAGUAAUAAAAUCAAGUUUGUUGUGAAAAAGCCUGAACUGGUGGUUUCCUACCUGCCUCCCGGGAUGGCGAGUAAGAUCAACACUAAAGCUUUGCAGUCUCCGAAAAGACCACGGAGCCCCGGAAGCAACUCGAAGGUCCCUGAAAUUGAGGUCACCGUGGAAGGCCCCAACAGCACCAACCCUCCGAGCUCGGCUGUCCGGACGCCCACCCAAACUAACGGCUCGAACAUUCCCUUCAAGCCUCGGGGGAGAGAGUUUUCCUUUGAGGCCUGGAAUGCCAAGAUCACCGACCUGAAGCAGAAAGUGGAAAAUCUUUUCAAUGAAAAGUGCGGCGAGGCGCUGGGACUGAAGCAAGCCGUGAAGGUGCCCUUCGCACUGUUCGAGUCCUUCCCGGAAGACUUCUACGUGGAAGGCCUGCCCGAAGGCGUGCCCUUCCGGAGACCCUCCACUUUCGGCAUCCCCAGGCUGGAGAAGAUCCUGAGAAACAAAGCCAAGAUCAAGUUCAUCAUCAAGAAGCCCGAGAUGUUUGAGACUGCCAUCAAGGAGAGCACCUCCUCUAAGAGCCCGCCACGAAAAAUAAACUCAUCGCCCAGCGUGAACACCACUGCAUCGGGUGUCGAAGACCUGAACAUCAUCCAGGUGACGAUUCCAGACGAUGAUAACGAAAGACUGUCCAAGGUCGAGAAGGCCAGACAGCUGAGGGAGCAAGUGAACGACCUCUUCAGUCGGAAGUUCGGUGAGGCGAUCGGUAUGGGCUUCCCUGUGAAGGUCCCCUACAGGAAGAUCACCAUCAACCCUGGCUGCGUGGUGGUGGACGGCAUGCCGCCAGGGGUGUCGUUCAAGGCCCCCAGCUACCUGGAGAUCAGCUCCAUGCGGAGGAUCCUAGACUCUGCCGAGUUCAUCAAGUUCACGGUCAUCAGGCCGUUCCCAGGACUCGUGAUUAACAACCAGUUGGUUGAUCAGAAUGAGUCAGAAGGCCCGGUGAUACAAGAAUCGGCCGAGCCCAGCCAGCUGGAGGCCCCGGCCUCGGAAGAAGUCAAAGAGGCCGACGGAAGCUCUCAGAUCAAGCAGGAGCCGGAGCCCACGUGGUAGACCUGCUAGUCCUCGGCCCGGGCUGCCGUGGCGGAGGAGCUGCGCGGAGCGGUCGCUGCCCACGCCCACGCCCACGCCCACGCCCACGCCGUGUAAUAUACUUGUAUAACAGAAAUACCUUCUAUACAAACCUUCUUUUCUACUUUUAGAUAGAAAUGUCUACUUUUUCAGCAGUUCUGUGAAUUGAAUCAAAGGCAGAGUGACUGUAGAUUUGGACCGGCUGCUUUACUCGGGAAUGUAUUAUAAGGAUUUUGCAGCGAUGCUGGGAAGACGGCAGGGCCGGGCCGCCGGCUGUCCGCCUGUCCGCCUGUCCGGCAGAGCCCGCGGCCGUGGGGUUGAUUGUCCAAUCAAGCGAAGGUAGCUCCUCCUGGAACAUCUCAGCUUCCGCAGUGGAGACAAUUCCUGUGCUAGUUCACUCCUUAGUUUUUCUAUUUGAGAAAUCCGCGCGAUGCGCUCCGCGGCGCUGGGUGAACAGUUAGUAUCUGUAUAUUUGACGAAACCUCUUCCUGGGCUGUCUCUCAUGGCCCCUGUGUUCUUUGUCACCGUGAAAGGAAGCCCCGCGGGGAGCGUGAGGGCUCCGUGCGUGCGCGCGUGGGCCGCGGCGGGGCGGGGCGGGGCCGCCAGCGCCGCUGGAGUGCGUCGUGGCGUAGUCUUCAGUAGCUUUACCACAAUAUCCACCACGGAGAAUUCUAUUACAUGGUAGCAGAAAUAGGCAUUUUUAUGUGUUGCUUAUAUUUUACCUCAAAUUAAAUUGUAGAUAUAGGGUAAUAAAUAAAAUCCAUCCAUGCCUUUCA